AUGCAUUGGUAUUGCACAUGUGUGCGUGUGGAUACGGUAGGCGGAGACUGUCUGAUGAAACACAUUGUCAAUAUUUUGUUCAAAGUUAGUGUGCAUGUAGUACAGAAAAACACAAGUCCUGGUAUUAUAUACGGGAGCAGGUACCUUUCUUUGUGUACUGCCGUAAGGAAAGAAGACGAACACAUCUGGGGAAGCCGAAAAAGGAAUAGAAAACUGAAGAUUACCUUUCCUUUAAAUACAAUGGCAGAUCCGAAAAUCGAAGAAGUUCUUGCACCUUUACGUGCAUCCGUUAAAGAACAGGGUGACCUGGUACGCGAGCUGAAGGCUUCGGGUGCCCCGGAGCUCGACGUGAAGAAGGCGGUGGCGGAGCUGAAGGCGCGCAAGAAGGUGCUGGAGGACCGCGAGCUGGCACUGUCGGCGCCGGCGGCCGGCGAGGGCGGCGCCACGUUCGACCGCGCGCGCAUGGAGGACCUGCUCAAGAGGCGCUUCUUCCUCGACCAGUCGUUCGCUAUCUACGGCGGCAUAACGGGGCAGUUUGACUUCGGGCCGAUGGGCUGCGCGCUGAAGGCGAACCUGCUGGCGGCGUGGCGCAGCUUCUUCGUACUGGAGGAGCAGAUGCUGGAGGUAGACUGCUCCAUACUCACCCCAGAGGCUGUCCUCAAAGCUUCGGGACACGUGGACCGGUUUGCAGACCUGAUGGUGAAGGACGUGGUGAACGGCGAGUGCUUCCGGCUGGACCACCUGAUAAAGGCUCACCUGGAGAAGGUGUGCGCCGAUCGCAAGACGACACCAGAGGUGAAAGAGGAGUGCCGUGACAUAAUUGUCAAGCUCGACGGCAUGAAAAAAGAUGAAAUGGCAGCCGUCCUGAAAAAAUUCUCGAUCAAAUCGCCACUGACCGGGAAUGAACUGACGGAGCCGAUAGAAUUCAACCUGAUGUUCGGCACGCAGAUAGGACCCUCUGGUCUUGUAAAGGGGUUUCUGAGGCCGGAAACUGCUCAGGGCAUCUUCGUCAACUUCAAGCGGCUGCUGGAGUUCAACCAGGGACGCCUCCCUUUUGCCGCGGCACAGAUCGGCAACGCUUUUCGCAACGAGAUAUCCCCGCGGUCCGGGCUCAUACGUGUCAGGGAGUUCACGAUGGCAGAAAUUGAGCACUUCUGCGACCCGUCGGACAAGCGGCACCCCAAGUUCUCCGGCGUCCGUGACACGCAGCUCCUGCUCUACUCGGCCUGUGACCAGAUGGAAGGACGCUCCGCGUCUGCCUACUCCAUCGGCAGGGCCGUCGACGAGGGCCUGGUGGCGAACGAGACGCUGGGCUACUUCCUGGCGCGCAUCCAGCUGUUCCUGGAGCGAGUGGGCGUGGACCGCCGCCGGCUGCGGUUCCGUCAGCACAUGGCCAACGAGAUGGCCCACUAUGCCCGCGACUGUUGGGACGCCGAGCUGCUCACGUCCUAUGGCUGGAUCGAGUGCGUGGGCUGCGCAGACCGCUCCGCCUUCGACCUGACACAGCACUCGAAGGCGACGGGGGUGCGGUUAGUUGCCGAGAAGAAGCUGCCGCAGCCGGUCACGGUGGACGUUGCAGAGCCUGUACCCAACAAGGGGGCCAUCGGCAAGGCCUUCAAGAAGGAAGCGAAGGUGGUGAACGACCUGCUGGCAGCUAUGGACUCCGAGAGUGUCAAUCGGCUGGCAGAGGAACUCGAGAGUAAAGGAGAGUACGUGCUGCGCGGCGAGGGAGACGUGGAGUUCCGGCUGACGGCAGACAUGCUGUCGGUACGGCGGGGGCAGAAGACGCUGCACGUGGAAGAGGUGACGCCCAGCGUGGUCGAGCCGUCAUUCGGCGUGGGACGCAUCAUGUACGCCCUGUUCGAGCACAGCUUCCGCACGCGGCCCGGCGACGAGCAGCGGACGUACUUCUCGUUGCCGCCCGUCGUCGCCCCACUCAAAUGCUCGGUGCUGCCGCUCAGUGGCAAUGCAGAGUUCCAGCCGUUCGUGCAGCAGCUGUCUCGCGAGUUGACGCGGCUAGACAUUUCGCACAAGGUGGACGACUCGAGCGGGUCGAUCGGACGGCGCUACGCCCGGACUGACGAGGUGGCCAUCCCGUUUGGCGUGACAGUCGACUUUGACACGCUGAAGGAGCCCCACUCGGCUACCCUCCGUGAGCGGGACUCCAUGGGACAGGUCCGCGUGCCGCUGGACGAGAUUCCCCCCGUGGUGAGGGACCUGUCGCAGGGGAAGCUGACGUGGGCGGACGUGGAGGCACGGUACCCCAAGUUCGAGCAGCAGGAGGCGACGCGCACGUCGUGACUGGAGCGGCUCGGGGCUCUCCGCACUGUAGCUGAGCAUUCCUGUGGCAAUUCUUCUCUUGUGCUCAGCAUCUGAACUGUAGGGAACUGGCCUCUAGGUGGGCACACGUCGGAGGAAGCAGCUAGAGUGCAGAGGUGCCCGCCCCCGGGAGGUGCGUGCUUCCGCUGACACGUAUCGCCCGUUACGUGGCCGUCUGGUCUUCCGUGUUGUCGAUCACGGGGGUAAUUUCGUUACAGUUCAAACAGUGCGUAGACACCAACACUCUCAGCUGUCUGUUUGAAAUGUGCGGGCUACUAAACAUACAUUUCUGGCUGUGCACUGCAAUUUUUGCUAACUUGUAUACUUGGCCUUACUGCCAGCUGGUCAUAUUCGUCAAGUGCCUCUUCUUUCUAAGUUCUCAGUCUUUUGAACGCUAAGAUGUAGUCUUCUGCCCCUCUCUAUUUCCUGAGUCAGCCUCUUACCAUGUGACUAUCUUUGUACACUCCUGCAAUAUUCCUUCUGCCCAACCCCUCCUCCCUUCACACCCUGCUUGCUCUUAACUAGAGUUGGCCACCUCAACGCACGGCCUGGUAAUCAUACUCUCUUGCUCUAAAGAUUUCACACUGUUCAAUGAUACUCAUUUUUAUGCUCGAGUCUCUGUCACAACUUAAGUAAUCUUUUCUUCUUCGGCUGCGGAGUUGCCUAUACUGCAACUUUUUUCAAAAACAUUUCUGCUGCCAUAUUACUUGUUAGGAAAUCCUUGCAAGUCCUAUCUGUUAAUCUGUUCAUAUACUCUUUGAAACAUCCACAAACACAAUUUCUUUUGUCAAGCUCUAAGCAAUCACUGAAACUCAACUCUGCCAGAUGUGAAGACAUAUUGUGUUACUUUCUCAUUUCUACUGUUUCCAAUCAAUCGUGCAAGUAUAGAAAGGUUAUUUGUAUUUGAGAUAAUGACUGAAAUACUGAUUGUUUUCACUACUGUAUUCCUUCAUUGUAUAGACACAAAACGCCUUAAGAACAAGUUUCUACUGAUAUUUCAAUUCCAUGUCUAUUAAGCAGGGCGCUUCCUACUUCUGAAUAGCAGGACAUUCAUCUCCUUAAACUAGACCUAUCGCAUUAUUUUGGCAGAUCGUAUUCUUAUUAAGAAGAAUUAAUAUGCAGCAGUGUUGGAUUUCCAAGUGGUGUCAGUGAAAUACGCCCUUAAAAUUUGUGUUUUUUGCCAUAGCUGCUUCCUCUGGUCCUGUCCACUAGCAAAAGAAUACAUACGCAUUUUUUCCAAAUUUGGGAAAUGUUCCAAGAAGCUUAGCAUUUUUUAUCUAUAGGAAAAAGAAAGAGUGCAGUUCUUCGCAAGAUUCUGAUGGGUGUAGAGGAAUAAAAAUACUCAGGCAGAAGAAACUGUCGCCCUGAUUGCCAGUUGCUUGGUUAAAGGUUGUUCCUAAAUGCAAAGAUUUAAUAAAAAUUUUACAAAAAUUG